UAUACGGCUACAGGGAAGAAUUUCUUCCUCCAUUGUUACAUUGUAACAAACGGGGCCGGGGCGAAACGGGGAGAAAAGACGUCUUCUCGUUCGGACAUUUGCAACAUUUCGACAAUAACUACAAAAGAAAACCCCAAAAAAAGCCUGCCCGCUUUAACGCGAGAAGAUAACGAAGUAAGCACCGCCGACUGGAGCCGCCCCGGUGAGAGGAAAAAAAAAAAAAGAUAAACCAACACAGAUGUCAGCGGAUUUCUCCAUCGCAAGCUUUCCAAGAUAAGACAAUUCAUUCGGCUGUUUAAAUAAUUCAAGCUGCACCGAAAAUGAGUGGAAAUAAGUGGCAGCUAAUCAUAUGACGCCCCUUUCCGUUCUCUUUAAAUACAGAGGCAUGCUACAUUUAACUAAAGCCGCAGGUCUAACAGGCAGUGUGUAGAACAAUGAGCAUGGAGCCUAAGUAGCCUUAUUAUAGUCAGAUGAAAGUGUGAGAGCAAAUUGACAGCCACGCAAGAAUUCAGCCAGGUCUCCACGGUUGCAGUCCGGAUCUUUAAUUCGGGGUUCUUUGGUUAUUUGGCACAAGUCAUCUGAAAGGGCGUUGAAAGAUUGAUGUGCUGUACACAUUGGAAAGAGAAAACAACCAACGAGCUGCUUGGAUUAGGGUCCCUGUUUCUGCCCCAGAGAGCGAGUUUCCAUGGAGGCAGCUUCGCCCCUCAGCCUCAAACGCAGAUAUGAAGAGGUGGACAACGGCUCUCCAUUCUCUACACCUAAAGACUCCGACGAUGACAUCUCCAGCAGUGACAGCGUCGACAGCUGCGACAGCCUCAACCCCCCUUCCAGCGCUGCAUUCACCCGUAAGGAGCCACAGAAGGCACAAGCCACCUCCAUCCUUAGGCAGCACAAGCCGUCACCGGGGGGGAAGCGGGUACGUUUCGACGUGGUGACGGUGUACUACUUCCCCCGGCGGCAGGGCUUCACCAGCGUGCCCAGCCAGGGCGGCAGCUCCCUGGGCAUGGCUCGCCACCACUCCUCCAUCAGACACUACACGCUGGGAGAGUUCGCUCGUGAGCAGGAGACGAGCCACCGACACACUUUACGCCAACACCUGCGUCAGGAGAAGCUCAACGCCCGCAAGAUGAAGCUGACGAGAAACGGCACAGUGGAGUGCGCUCAGGCUGACCUGCUGACCCUGGAGGACGUCUCAGACGAGGAUCUGGACGUGGACGGCGUGGAGGUGGAUGACUGUUUCUUCCUCCAGCCGCUGCCCACGAAGCGUCGCCGAGCCCUCCUGCGAGCGUCUGGUAUCGCCCGCAUAGACGCUCGGGAGAAAGCCGAGCUGAGAGCCAUCAGGGUGUCGAGGGAGGAGUGCGGCUGCGACUGCCGCCUGUACUGCGACCCGCGCCACUGUGGCUGCAGCCAGGCUGGUAUUAAGUGCCAGGUGGAUCGAAUGGCUUUCCCGUGCGGCUGCUCUCGGGACGGCUGUGGUAAUGUAGCGGGACGCAUCGAGUUCAACCCUCUCCGCGUCAGAACUCACUACCUGCACACCAUCAUGAAGCUGGACCUGGAAAAGAGGAGGAUGCUCAUACAAGGGAACGGGGAGCAGUACGCUGAAUCUGACCCGCUCUCCUCCCCUUCCUCCACCUGCCCCACCUCCCCAGACCUCUCCCCUGCCACCGGCCUGGACUCUGAGCUGGAGGAGAGCGAGGUGCAGACGGUGCUGGAGGUGCAGGAUCUCCUGGCAGAGCAGGACAUCCUGGAGCGGGAGAACGAGACGGCUGUGUUGCACCUGCAGAGUGCAGAGGAGCAGGAGAGGAGGGAGCGGGAGGAGGCCGAGGGGGAGGCAUUGCAGGAGCUGGAUGGAGGGCUUGCAGAGCAGCCUCUCUGCCUCCUGCCGGCUGCAAUGGGAGGAGAGCAGGAGGAGGGCGUGCCCGGUGUAGAGCAGGUCCUCCUGCAGGGGCCGUUUCCUACAGGGGCCACGGUGCUUUGCAUCACUGACAACCAGGAGGAGAGCCCCUCGGACCUCCUCAAAGACUCCUCCUCUCUGCUCUACUAUCAGCUCAGUCCCAUUGAGCCCGAAGCGUUCGAGACCCUGCACCGAGCGGAGAACGGCAAGCCGGAGACGUGCUUUGUGAGAGGAGCAGAGUCAGGGGGAGGGGAGUGUGACGAGAGGAAGCAACAAGAUGCAGAGGAGGAGAAGGUUGAUAACCCUGAAGAGAUCAUCUGCAGGGAGGGCUUGGGGAAAACUUUGACGAACGAGAUUCUGUGCUCAGAGCAACAUGUGGAGAUACGUCAGGAGAGACCCUCGAGUCCCCUGCAGAGCCUCCCCGAAGACCAGUGCCAACGGGGCUCCUGCAUGGAGGGAGGAGUAGCUCCACCUCCUCCUGAAGUCUAGAUCUCGCUUCGCUGCAGAUAUUUUGCACAACUGAUUCAUCUAAGAUGAAAAGAAAUAUGACACAUUUCACAUUAAUUACUGCUAUCAUGGAGAGAAUGAUUACAGGUUGCAAUCUUUAGUAGGAGAGUUUGAGUAUUAAUAUACACGAGAAAAGGGAGGAGGCUGAAAGCACAUACAGACCACUCCCCUGUAGUAAUAAGGAUGCAGUAACAAGGCAACAUUGUGCGUAGUUGUGUCGGGGGGUGAUGGAUGCGGCCUUAAAGGAAAACCCCCUCAGAACGUUUGUGUGUAGUUUGUCGACGAGGGAGCGCAGCAAGAAUUUCCAAUGCAGCAAGCUGAAAACACAGUUUGUGAAAGCUGACAUCAGCUUUUUUUUUUGUUUUUGUUUUUUUUUGUUUGGUGAGUUAUGAAGCUAUCGACACACUAAUCAAAAAAAAAAAAAAAAAAAAAAAAAAGGUUCUGCAGUGCACAGGAAGCUGAUAUGUUUGCGAAACGUUUCCGGCUCCAUUACAGCAAACGUGUGCUGCAGGAAAAGCCAAAUGAAGGCCUCUGAUAGAAUCCUCCGCUGAACAUAGACCUAAUAAUCCUGGAAAUACUUGUUUAUGUGUACUGUAUAUGCAUUUGUGCGAGAGAGGGAGAGAGAGAGAGAGAGAGAGAGCCGAAGUUGCUGCUUUUUUGAGCUGUAUGCACAUUACGAACUAAGCAUCAAGCAACUAAGAUCCGAGUGCUGCCGCUCUGCUGUCAUAAAGUUAAAAACCAACAUUAAGCAGCCGGCUAGCUGCGGUCUUAGUUGUUGCUCUCGCUCUCCUUAGGCGACUCCUGCAAAUGCGCCCCAUUUGUCAACAAAAAAACCUAGUUUACUUGUAGUUACAAUGCCUAUGAUAUUACUUAUAUUUCUUUGUGUCUUUUGUGGAUUAGAUACUGUUGGUUUGAAGUCCUGGCAGUCUGUUUUUUUUUUUUUUUUAUAUAUAUAUUGAGUGAAAGGAAAUGUGAUUCUUCUCCUGUUAACAUGAAACAUCUCCUCCAGUGAAAGGUGGAGGUGAUUCUAAUGAAGAAAUAUAGCAUUUAAAGAGUAAAGGAAAGUAGUUAUACAAAAGGACGAUGUGAUGUAACUAAUUUAUGAAGCAGAUUGAAGACAACCUGAAUUUGUAUAUUUUAUGUUCAACGUGUAAAAGUGUGCAUGUGUGAGUUUGAGCCUACUUUACAUCCGUGCAUCAUUUUGUGAGAGAGGAAGCUGUGUGUGUGCGUGCGUGUGUGUGUGUGUGUGUGCGUGUGUGUGUGUGUGUGUGUAUACGUACUGUACAAUGAAACAAAAAAAAGGGUGUGUCGUAGUGAGGAUACAUAUUUAAUCCCUGAAAGGUGCUGAUGUCACAGAUUUACACUUCACUGAUUUCCCUCCCUGCCAUCAUGAGAAACGGGAUUUCGUGGAGGUGUUUCUCGAUGACUGAAUGAAAAGUUCCCGUGUUAGAGAGCGUCUUGUAGGUACGCAAUAGCUACUGCACUGCUAAUCACUAAUGUGGAGAUUCUUGAAUACGUUUUUAUGUCAUUGAAAUGCAAUCGUAUGACUUUUUUUUUUUUAGUCUUUAAAUGUCUUUUUAAGUUCGACUGACUGAAGCUGAUCUGUGUAUGUGCGCCAACUCUUUUAACACUAAAUCAGUCCUUUUGUUUUGUGACCUACUAUUACUUUGCUUUUUGUAUAACACAGGAUGUGCUGCGAGCGUGAAUGAGACGUCCAUUUCUCUAUGCCUUUUAUUUUUUAUCACCUUAAUAUAAAUCUGCUUAACAAUUGCACCAAAGCAGUGGUUCCAAACCUAAUUAAAUGAUGCUUUCAUCCAUCAGAUGUGAACAAAGCAGUCUCCUGUAGUCAUUGUGAGGCUGUGGAUUUAUCGUGCUCAUGCUAACUUGCCUUGCUAUAGAGCCACCGUUGAAGCGGUGAAGAUUACAAGCUGCCUGUCGUUGAGCUUUCGUCCUUGGCUUUCCACUCAAAAGACUCUAGGUUUAGGACCGCACUGCAUCGAAACGGGACACCUUCUACACUUUGUGAUCGUGUGUUUGUCGGUGUGAACGGGCGCUGUGUGUGUG